GCUUUUCAUUCAUUCAUUCAUUCAUCCCCAUUCAUAUCCCAAAAAACCUUUUUUUACCCAAGCUUUAUAUUAUAUUAUAUAAAACAAAAAUCUUUUAAAGUUUUUAAUAAAGUGUUUCCUCUUUUUAUAUAUCUUCCUUUUAUUUUUUAUUAGAAUAAAGAAAGAGAAUUUUAUAAUUUAUCAUUUACCAUUAAUUUGUAGUUAUAAAUACUUUGUUGGUAAACGCUGGUUGAAGUAAGGUUCAACAAAAUGCGGCAACUAUAAUUUUUGCAUUCGUAUGACAAGGGGUAUAUAAAUGUAGAUAAAUCUGAAUAUUUUAAAACACAAUUCUAUAUUUCUCAUAUUCAUCAAGUCAAUAUGAGUAAACACGAUCGAUUCCUUACCAAUUACUUUCUAUUGUUUCCAGAUGAUAUCAUAAUUAACAUUAUUAACCUACUUUCCGUUGAUUUGAUUGAAUGUUUGUUGAAUACCACUUUGUUUCAUCCCGCAGUUUAUGACGCAUUUUUGAAGGAUUUGAUCAUUUGGAAGUUAAAACAUGGACAAAAUACUAUGGGAUCAAUGUUAGGCAACUUCUUUGAAUCUUUUUAUUCGACAAAACCAACAUUGUAUUUGGAGAGUUUACCAACUAAUUUUAAACCUAGGAGUAUUCAUAUAUAUGGAAGUGUGAGGAACGUUGAGAAGUACAUAUCUGAAAACUCAGAAUUCAUUAACUCAAUUGACAAUAUUAAGGUUUCAUUACAGAUGUAUGUGGGUAAAAUGAGAGGUGUUGGGAUUCCGUUAAAUGUACUUCAAAUAUCAAAUUUGAAAUUUUUGGAAAUUGGUUUCUUUUUUAAGAACGACAAGUAUCUUAUAGUUCCAUUUUAUAUUCGUAGUACAAGUGAUAUAAUAUGGUUGAAAAAAUUUAGUACCAAAUUGAGUCAACAAAGAUUGUUCAAGGAUACAUUUGAUAAUAUUCCUUUAAAUCUUACUUACAUGACACUCAUAUACAUGAAUAAAUUUCCACUAUUUACUAAACUAAACAAGUUGAAAACUUUGAAACUUCUGUGUAUUGAUACUUCGAACUUGUUGAAAAUCUUGCCUCAUUCAUUGGAAUAUCUUUCAAUCGAUAAUGGCUUCAUUUCACGAAAAGGCCAAGAAAUCAUCUGGCCUCCCAAUUUGAAAUACAUUCAUAUUAUAUCAGUGUGGAAAUCAGAUACAACAGUAAAACUUUUAAGUUGGCCAAUUUCUUUAAAAUCCUUAACUUUGAGGAAUAAUUUCCUUGGGAAUUACAUAGUUGGUGGUUUACCACAAGGCUUAGAACGUUUGGAAGUAGUAUCGUAUACUAAAUUCGUAAUAGAUUUGAAUCUAGAAACUGAUGAAUCAGGUUAUUACUCAUUUCCUGAGUCAAUAGUAGACUUGAAACUAAAAAAUAUUAAAUUUCCUGGCGAACCCCAUACUAUCGUGAAUUUUCCUAAGAAUUUAAAGAGAUUGAAAUUAUCAAAAACCUUAAGAAAUCUACGUGGUUGUAUAUUUCCAGAAUCAUUGGAAUACUUGGAUUUAUCACAUAAUGGAAUAACAAACAUAAUGGAAUAUAAUAAUUCAGAACUACAGAAGAACUGGCAACAGAUGAUAAAUUUACGAUAUCUAUCAUUGGCUUAUAAUUUAAUAAAUCAAUCUUAUUUGAUCAACUGGUUACCUCCUAGAAAUUUAAACUAUCUAGAUUUAGGAUGUAAUAAAAUCAAUGACUUGAAUAUUCCACUUUUCAAGAAAGAAUCAAGUGAAUAUACCAAUAAUCUUUUGAAAAUUGACCUUUCUGGGUGUAAUAUCCUUAAUAUUCCAGGAUAUUUCUAUUUACCAGAUAAUGUGAGUGAAUUUCUUAUAACUCAAUAUUCUAUUCUUCCACAAUUUUUACCGCUCGUCAUAAAAGGCAAAAGAUUGAUAAAGCUCUUUGAAUGUGGUUCAAAUACCUUUAAUAGAGAUGGUGUAUAUCUGCUCUCUUUUUAGAAAUAUUGAAUGUAUGUGAGUUUCUUUUUUUUUUUUGGCAACUCGUUUUUUUUUGCUGCAAUUUUAAGUGAUAUUCUGCUAAUCAUUUCCAGAAUGAAAUAUUUAUAAAUCGAUGUGAUUUAA